AUGUGUUCAGAUGCCGCUCAAGGCACCGCCAUCGGCACGGUGCUGAUCGACAAUGACCGGACCCGCGUCACCGAGUGGCGGUUCCGCGAAAAGGGCGCCAACACCGGCUGGCACACCCAUGCUUAUGACUAUGUCGUGGUGCCGAUGUUCACCGGCAAGCUCGAACUGCACGAGCCCGGCGGCACGCGGCGUCUGGCCGACCUGACCGAGGGUGUGCCUUACUUCCGCGAGGCCGGCGUCGAGCAUGACGUCAUCAACGCCAACGAUGCCGAGAUCGCCUUCAUCGAGGUGGAGUUCGUGCGUUAG